GGGCCGGAAGGGAUGCGGGCGGAAGUGCCGUCGCCGGAAGCGGAAGCGCGUCCCGCCGUGCUCGGUGGGUGUCGGGUGUGGCGCUGAGCAGCGUGUGGCCAUGGACACGGACAUGGACGGGCCGGGGAAGGGCGGCCUCGUGCUCGGGAACCUGGCCGAGGUGGUGGAGCGCGUGCUCGGCUUCCUGCCCACCAAAGCGCUGCUCCGGGCCGCCUGCGUGUGCCGCCUGUGGAGGGAGUGCGCGCGGCGGAUCCUGCGCACGCGGCAGCGGCUCAGUUGGGUGUCGGCGCUGGAGCCCGGCCCGCCCGGCGGACACGCGCUGCUCCGCGCCCUGCACACGGAGCUCCAGAGGGUGCACGUCCUGCCGCACACCGUGCUGUACAUCGCCGACGCCGAGACGUUCAGCGGGCACGAGGAGUGUCACGAGCACAAGAAAGCCAGGAAAAGAAACAGCAAAGAAACAGCCCUUGCGAUCGAGAAACUGUUGCCAAAGCGAUGUCAGGUCCUUGGACUGCUCACCCCGGGGAUCGUAGUUACCCCUAUGGGUUCAAGCAGCAAUCAGCCUCAAGAAAUUGAAGAUGGUGAAGCUGGGUUUGCUCUUUUGUUUCCCAAAAUUGAUGGGGUUAAAAUCCAAACCUUCCAUUUUCCUAAAGAAGUAAAGAAUAGGGUCAUUGAUGAAAACAAAUUUGCUGAAGCAGGCCUGAAGAAUAAUCCAGAUCUUCGUGUGGUUCUUCUGUUCGGAUACAACUCCUGGAAGUCUGGAGCUACUCGUUUUCUUCAUCAAAUAGUCAAUCCUUUGAAUGAAAAAAGUAUCAUCUUAGCUGGGGGACAAGUGGAGAGCUUUACAUCGCUCAUCUCUGAGAAUAAUAACGCCCAGCCCAGCGAUGCCUGUGGGGUGGUCGGGCUGGCUUUCAGCGGGCCCCAGAUCCAGAGCGCCACAGUUCUGUUAGACCAGGACGUCGCUGAUGAGAGGACAGCAGAAGCCGCCAUGCAGCGUCUGAAAGCAGCAAACAUCCCUGAGUGUAACACCAUUGGCUUCAUGUUCGCCUGUGUUGGUCGAGGAUAUCGGCAUUAUAAAACCAAACGGAACAUGGAAGCGGAUGCCUUUAGGAAAUUCUUUCCAAAUGUUCCCCUAUUUGGCUUUUUCGGACACGGGGAAAUAGGAUGUGAUCGGAUAGUUACUGGGAAUUUCGUGUUGAGAGAAUGUAAUGAUGUAAAGGAUGACCUGCUCCAUGGUUACACUACUGUUAUGACUCUCAUUCAUCUUGGUUCAACUAAAGCAAACCAGGCGUGAAUGUGUUUGCAAUGCGUCAGUGAGCUGCUUUAUCCUGAAGAGCGGACAUCCAGAGCACUUCCCAAAGCAUAAACACCAUUUUCCUAACAUUAUCAAAUCCUGGAACAGUUGAAUGUAAUAGCUGCGAGGAAGCCUUGCCUUUCGUGUAACCCCCCGCACAUGCUGAAAUGGCAGGGAAAAGAUAUUGAAUGGAGUUCUGCAUUUGAAGAAAGCAUCUUUUUUUCUGUGUGUGUGAAAUGAGAACAGUUUGCACAAGUGGCAGUCAGAGGCCAAGCAGUCACCGUGUAGAAUUAAUACUUUGAUGUGCUCUACUGAUGUAUGCAGAACAGUCCAGAACUACCAACGUGCUGAAAUACUGGUGCGUGAAAUCCACCAUUUAGUGGGUUUAAGAGUGAUGCACAGCCUGCACAGACCUGGGUCCUAUUUACAGAACUGAGUCAUUUACUGGGUGAAACUCAAGGAAAUCUUUAGGAACAAAACCAAGAAAGUGCUCAUUAAAUAAAGACAACGUUAAGUAAAGGCACCAGUCCUUUGUUCUUAGAGAAAAAAGCUCUGAUCUAGCGAGGUACUCUCAGCUUUGAAGCUCAUUUCACUGUCUUGAACUGCAUUUCAGUCAUCUUAAAUACUUGAUUUAGAACAAAUCCCUGGCACGUUGUUUCUACCAGCAAUCUUAGCCUUUGUGUACAGCAGUUUACGCCAUCAGAGUGGACUGCUUAUCCUUCCUUUUAGAUCCUCUUGUAGCACGGUCUUCACUGUUACAGACUUUUAAAUCCACAGUACCAAAAAAGGAAGACUCUCCUUGGUAUCUUUAAUAGGUUUUUAGCUUUUUAGUAUGAAAUUCUGUGCCACACAAGAUCUGGUGAUGUUCAUUUCAUCUCACACCCUACAACCUGGGCUUCUGCAUGUUUUGUGAGCUGAAGCUUUUACAUCAGUCAUCUAUUUUGGGUGCUGCAGCUGAAGGUAGUGUUACACAGUUCCACAUAGGUACUUUCAUCGUAUUCCCAGCAUAGCUCACAAUAAUCAGCUUUUACUUUCACUUGGCCACAGAAUUACAAGAAAGUGAGAUUUGUUUUGUACCGUUUCAUCACGCUUUGAAAUGCCUCAUUGGGCAUCUGUGCUGUUCUCAGUUAAUUAAGAGGAAAAUGCUUAGCUGUAUAUUGUACAAUAAUAUAGUGAUCUUUUGCUGUCCAUGUAAGAGCCGAGACUACCCUCGGCCACUUGCAGUCAAUGUCUCCAUGCUGUUUGGCAUUGAGAGAGGCCUCACAAGCAGGGAGAGGUGCCUGUCCUGAGAGCAGAACUGCUGUCAGUGGGUGCAGAGCACAGGUGGCACUUUCCCACAGCUCUGGUUGUGGUGGUGGUUCUUAACUCAGAGACAGAGGAUGUUAUCAUCUCCCCGUGGCCUUGCCAGGGACAGCAGGUCAGUAACUGUGUGUGACUAGAACAGCCUUAGUUUCUGCAUUUGGAAGAGGAAGUUGGGAAGUCAGUGUGCUUGAAUUUAAGUGGAUGACAGGGAGAUGCAUGUUUUCUCUUUUCAGCAUAAUGGGAACAUCACUCUUGGCCCUCUAUGACCAUGUAGCAUUACGUAUUUAACAGUAGGCAAAGAAUAGGUCUCGCUUCUGUAAUGCAGACAGGACUUCUGUAGAAGCUGCCACAAGUUCUGUGAGUUUGGUCUUGUCGCCAUCACAGCUGUUAGUAUAAACCUGUCAACUUCAACCAACUUUUUGCUGCAGUAGAAGUAAUGGAAGCAUAAUCAGCCACACAUCUGGAUCAAGAGUGUAAGCACAUCCAGAAGUGCCCAAAGAAGCAGCUCAUGAGCUUCAGCCAUGGCACGACGAAGCAGAAAAUGAUUUGAAGGAGCUCAUUGCUGGGGAGGUGUUCUCAGCUCAGGCCUUCAGCUAAAGGUACUUGUGAGUGUUGGAGGUAACCACAGCACGAAGAAUGCUCUGGUGGGGAAAUUCCAAGGGCUUGCACCACAUCCAGGAUCAUCUCCACCAGUGGGGAGGGGGGAGGAGCCCAGACGACACCAGAACCGAGUUCUGCCUCCCCUGGACUGUGUCAUCUGUCCCGUGUGCCAGGGCACUGGUGUGGUACAUAAUAUUGCUACGUAUUUGAUUAAAGUGUUUUGGUAUCCACA